AUGGAGAAUGCAAGGAAUACAGAUGAACCUGAAUCAUCUGAAACGAGAAUUGCAAGAUUUGAAAGAAUAGUUGAAUUAUUGACUGAGGCACUAAGACAACAACAGAACCAACAGCUCCCACCUCUUCCAGUGCAGCCAGAACCAAAUACCAAUGACGAUGUGAUUGCUUUGACACAAAAGUUUAACAAAAUGAAGCCACCAACAUUCCAAGGAGGUCUUGAGCCAAUGAAGGCCGAAGCAUGGGUCCCAAAAACUGAAAAACUGUUUGAAGUAUUCCCAUGUGUAGAGGCACAUAAAGUGUUAUUGGCUACUUUUACCUUACAAGAAGAGUCUAGACGGUGGUGGAUGCUUAUUCGUGAUACAAACAAUGCUAUGACUUGGGCUCAGUUUAAAGAAGCUUUUUAUGAGAAGUAUUUCCCUCAGUGUGUCCAAGACCACAAAGUGACUGAAUUUGAACAACUGAAGCAGGGCACCAUGUCAGUAGCAAAAUAUGAAUCUAAGUUCACCGAGCUCGCUCGAUACGCACCACACAUGGUGGAUACCGACUAUAAAAAGGCUAGGAAGUUUGAAGGUGGGCUUAAUGUAGAAAUACUCGAUCGAAUUAACAUCUUAAAAUUACUCAAGUAUGUAGAUGUCCUUGACCAAGCGAUCAUAGCUGAGGCAAAUGUUGUAACAUUGAAACAGUCUAAGGCACCAAUGACUGAAUAG